AUGCCGCCGGACUUGCCGCAUAAACGAGUCUUCGGCAUGGCCCGGCUCAGUUUUGUACGCGAAAUGAUGCUCUGCGGCGAGUACGCGUCAAAAACGAGUCCGAGUGCCGAUCGUUUUGUGCACUGGGAAGAUCAUGGCUUGCAUUUUGAAAGGCAAAAACGGGAUGCGUCGACAACCUUAACGACGCCGGCACUAGAGAAAAAUAUAAGUACAUGGACCACUCAUCUUAAUGACAGUCAUCAGCAGUUGAUGGUACAUUGGGUAGGUGAGGGAUCCAAGGUUAUAAUUUGCUUGGCAAGAGAUUCUAGCCCCAGGAAUAAGGGAACACUCUCACCAUCAGCACUCUUCAUCUCAUAUGACUAUGGGAAGACCUUUGUUAACAGAACUGAGAGCUUUAGAUUGGAUGACUCUCCUGACAGUGGAUAUGCUCAACUUGAUAAAUUUUUCAAUCAUCCAAAGCAUCCUGAGUUUUGUGUUUUUGUUGAUUCUACUAAUAAAAGGCUUUACUAUACUGAUGAUAAUGGCCAAAAUAUACAUAGAACAGAGCUCAAUUUUCAACCAAGUGAGCUGGCUUUUGAUGAAGACAACCCAAAAAGAUUUGUUGUUUUGGAUAAAGUGGGACGUAACAGAAUGCUUUAUAUGACUUUCAAUGGAGGCAAGACAUUCACACUGAUUCAGAGUUAUGUGAAGUCUUUCUUCUGGUCUUCUGGGCCUGGAUUUUCGAAAGUGUUUUAUGUAGAGCGUUGGGAACCAAACCGUAGCACCACUGUGCUCAGUGUCAAUGAUCCUGAGAACAUGACAAAUGCUGAAGUAUUAUUCUCUGAUGCUAAAGAGUUCCAUAUCAAGGGGGACUACAUGUUUGCUAUGAGGCAGAAAGAUAACAGCACCUUGGAUCUUUACAUUUCACACCAAAGAGGUCCUUUCCAUAGAGCCGAAUUUCAAACGGAAUUGGACAGGAAGAAGUUCCACAUUGCCGACGUGACGGACAAGCGUAUAUUCAUCUCUGUCAUGCACACGGAAAACCUGGUGAACCUCUAUGUCUCCGAGAUUAGCAGCAACUUUGAUCAGUACAACUUCGUGUUGAGUUUAGAACAGGUUCUGUGCUACUUCCCCCAAGGAAACUGGAAGGACAGCUGGCUGGAGGACGUGACGGAGGACGCUUUCACGGAUUUGUACCGCGUCGAGGGCCUCAAGGGUAUCUACAUUGCGUCAAAGGUGAAUUCGAAGUCGCUGAUAGCCAACAUCGAGCCCGAGCAUCUCGUUUCUCUGAUUACCUUCGACCAUGGAGUCACCUGGUCGCCCAUCAAACCGCCGGCGGAGGACGAGAAUGGAAAACCCCUCAGCUGUGUGGACCCUAAUGACAGCGAGAAAUCGUGCAGUUUGCAUUUAUGCCAGAAGUUUAGUCAGCUCUAUCCUGUUACAAGCCCGCCUGGAAAUGUGAUAAGCAAUGCUAUGAGAUCGGCGAGCAUUAUGAGCUCCAAGUCAGCGCCCGGCAUUAUAAUGGCGACUGGCGUUGUGGGCCGCUCCUUGAAAGGCAUACCGGGCGUGUAUUUGAGCCGGGACGCGGGACUCACGUGGAAACGCAUCCUGAAGGACUAUUACUUCUUCAAUUACGGAGACCACGGUGGCGUGCUGGUGGCGGUGAAGUACUUCAAGCUGAUGAGUGAGACGAGGGAGAUACUCUACUCGACUAACGAAGGGAUCGAGUGGAACUCUUACCAAUUUAACGCCGACGACCUUCGCAUCUACGGCUUAAUGACCGAGCCAGGAGAAAAUACCACCGUCUUUACUAUGUUCGGGUCGGCAAACGACCAGCACCAGUGGAUAAUCAUAACCAUCGAUCUGCAAAACGCCUUCGCCCGCAACUGCAGUACGGACGACUACAAGUAUUGGUCGCCGUCGCAGCCAAACAGCUCUGUGUCCUGCGUGUUGGGCACAAGGGACAUUUUCCAACGGCGGCUCGCUCACACUAACUGCUUCAACGGCCUGGACUACGACGGGCCCGUUAAGAAGGAGGUUUGCGAGUGCGGCAGAAGGGAUUUCGAAUGCGACUUUGGCUUCGUUUUGUCGCGCAACGUGUGCUUCUACCAGCGGACGAAGGGCUAUAGGAAAAUCGACGGGGACGUUUGCACAACCUCCGGAUAUCUGCCCUACGAACCGGACGUGAUCCCCUGUCCGUUGGACGAGCCCACCGAGUUCCUACUGGUCGCCCUGAGGGACAAAAUAGCGCGCAUCGACCUAUCGGACAACACCACCAUAUUCCCGAUAAAGGACCAGGAGAACAUCGUUGCCAUAGAGUUUGACAUGAAGAACAAUUGCAUAUACUGGGCGGACAUCGUGUUGGACAAGAUCAGCAGACAGUGCUUCGGCGAAGGCAUCGCUCAGGACGUCGUCGUCGACACGGACCUCGCCAGCAUAGAGGGAAUGGCGCUGGACUGGAUCUCCAACGUUCUCUUCUUCGUCGACGGCAUGCGGAAGAAAAUCGAGGCGGUGCGCACGGACUUGUCCAGCGAAGGCAGGAUGCGCGUGACGAUCCUGGGACCCGAUGUGCUGUCAAAGCCCAGGGGCAUCGCCGUGCACCCGAAAGCGGGAUACCUCUUUUGGACCGACUGGGACAGGAACAAGCCGUCCGUGUCACGCUCCAACCUCGACGGGACAGACAUCGUGCGGCUGUUCGAGAAACCGAUCGUGCAAUGGCCCAACGGCAUAACUAUCGACCAGAUGUCCGAGAGGAUCUACUGGGUCGACGCGAUGGAGGACUACAUAGCCAGCGCGGACCUGCACGGGCAGUACUUCAAGAAGAUCCUGUGGAACGACGAGAAGGUGUCCCACCCGUUCGCGGUGGCCGUACUAAAGGACCAGAUGUACUGGGACGACUGGAAGGCGAAGUCCAUCUUCAUAGCGGACAAGGACAACGGCCAGAACGUGAUCACGAUCAACGGCUCCUUCUCCGGCCUGAUGGGUCUCAAGGUGUUCGCCCACUUCAUACAGCACGGGAGCAACGCGUGCUCGUACAAGAACACGAGCUGCGACGCCCUUUGCUUGGGCGGGCCGGGCAACACGUUCAGCUGCCUCUGCCCCGACGGCUUCGUGAAGGCCCACGGCAAAUGUCUGUGCCCCAACUUCGUCGAGCCCUACGCUAACUUCACCUGCCCCAAGACGCCGGGAGCGACCUGCGCAUCGGAUCAGUUCUCGUGCAAGAACGACAUGUGCAUCGCGCUCUCGUGGCGCUGCGACGGCAACGACGACUGCGGCGACGGCUCGGACGAGGCGGGGUGCGCGUGCGCCCCGCCGCGCGUCGCCUGCGACGACUCGAGCUGUUACCUGCCGCAGUGGCGCUGCGACGGUGACGUCGACUGCGCCGACAUGAGCGACGAGAAGGAUUGCGGGAGGUACAACUGCACCGAGAACGAGUUCCAAUGCAGCAACGGGAACUGCGUUGACAAGAGGUGGUUGUGCGACGGCGACAACGAUUGCAAGGACGGCUCCGAUGAACGCAAUUGUUCGGUGCAAGUGAAGCGGCCGAACACGCUGAACUGCUCGUCGAACAGCUUCCCGUGCGGCGGCGGCGGCCUGUGCAUCCCCAACUCGUGGGUGUGCGACGGCGAGGGCGACUGUCCGGGCGGCGAGGACGAGCAGCCCGAGCGCUGCAAGAACUCCACCUGCGCCCCGUACAUGUUCCGCUGCCCCAGCGGCAAGUGCAUAUUCAAGGCCUGGGUUUGCGACGGCGAGAACGACUGCAGCGACGUGGAGUCAUCCGACGAGAGGAACUGCACCACCAUCGGCCACUCGAAGCUGAUCCCGCGCCCCACCACCGAGAGGCCGUUCGAGUUCCCCGCCAACGGCUCGUGCCUCGACUGGAUGAUAAAGUGCGACAACGGCAACUGCCUGCCCUACUGGUGGCGGUGCGACGGCAUCGACGACUGCGGCGACAACUCGGACGAGGUGGCGUGCGGCGAGCGGCGCGCCGAGCCCAAGCCGGCCGGACGGCACGACGCGGCCAGGCAGAAGUGCGGCAAGAACAGAUUCACCUGCUCGCCGGGCGUGUGCAUCCCGCUGUCGUGGGUGUGCGACUCGCAGGAGGACUGCAUGGACGGCGCCGACGAGAGGGGGUGCUCGGCGCGCGGGGUGGGCGGGGGGAGGGCGCCGGGCGGCGCGGGCCCCGAGUGCCGCGCGGACGAGACGCAGUGCGCGGACGGGCGCGGCUGCGUGCGCACGCUCCGGCUGUGCGACGGACGCGCCGACUGCGCGGACCGCAGCGACGAGGCCCACUGCACCCACGUACACAAGCCUACGGUGCAGUGCCCGUCCCAGCAGGUCAUGUGCGACGACGGAACACAGUGCCUGUGGCAGGUGAUGGUGUGCAACGGCCACCAGGACUGUUACGACGGCUCCGACGAGGCGAACUGCUCCAGCGUACCAGAGCCUGGUCACAACUACCAGUUUCUGAGCAUCGGUGUGGACCAAUCGUCGAUCAACUCCACGAGUUUUCUUAUCUCUUGCUGGAUGGCACAGCAGAAAAUGGUCCUGUACAGCUUCUUGCCUUCCAUAUCCAAGAUAAGCGAUGGUAUUUGGCACAAUAUGACAUGGACCAGUGACAGUGUUUAUAGAUUCACGAACCUCGAGCCGUUCACAAACUAUAAUGUUACUUUCUACAUUAAGGACAGCAAAUCUAAUAAAACUUAUCCGUCUAUGAAGUAUGUUAACACAACUACUGGUGAAGGAGUGCCGUCGCCGCCGCUGCGCGUGAGCGUGCGCCAGAUGGUGGGCAGCCGCGUGGGCGUCAUCUGGGACCCCCCCGCGGAGCCGAGGGGCGUGGUGCGCUUCUACACGCUGCACUACGCGCCCCCCAUCCCCCCCAUAGCGAAGACCGUCUACGUCUCCAGCCCCAAGGGGCCCGUCACCGUCACCGUCAACGGUUACUUCAAGCCGAACAACAACUACUCCUUCUGGGUGACCGCGACCAACAACGCGUUCACGUCGCCCUCCUCGGACGUGAUGAACAUCACGUUCGACGUGGCGGGCGACGUGGACGAGCUGAGCGACGUGAGCGCGAGCCCCGCCGGCGGCGCGCUGCUGCUGCGCUGGGCGAGAGUGCGCGGCGCGGACGGCUACCGCGUGCGGCUGCAGCUGCCGCACAACUACGCCGCCAUGGCGCCCAUCACCACCGCCGACACGAACGUCACGCUGAAGGACCUGCCGUCUGGCAUCAAGGUGUACAUCCACAUAAUGGCGUACAAGGGCUCCGUAAACGGGGAGCCGUUCACGAUCACCCACCGCACCGAGGGAAUCCCCGACGAGACGCUGAACCUGACCGCGAUCCUGCUGAAGGAGAAACGCACCUCGGUACAACUUCUUUGGUCGCCGCCGCUCGCCGACCGCUACAAGGGCAAGGAGUUGCAGUACGAGGUGAUAUACACGGACGCCUCCCACUGGCGGAUACACGACGAUCUGGAACAGGCCCACGAGAUGCAUAUAGUGACGAAGAAUACCAGCAUGUUAAUAGAAGGACUUCACGCUUGCGAGAGCUACGUAUUCACAGUGGGCCUUGUCCGAGGUCCGCUCGCUAAAUACCAAGAGAUCGUGACCAGAGAGAAUCCCAAGGCCCCUAUAAAGGACCUUGAUUAUUCUUACGACGAGAAGACGUCUCGACUAAGGAUUUAUUGGCACAUUAACUGUAACGCUCUCACCGAGGCCGUAUCGUACAGGUUGGAGCUCAUGGAAGAAACAAGGAACAAAAUGAGUCGUUAUGAGUUAAUCGCCACCAAAAAUUCGUCGCUGGAGCACGUCAUCGAGAAUGUGCCAGUCGGCGGGCGUUACAACAUCUGUGUCUACGCCCACGUGGAGGGUGCGGCGCGGCGUUGCGUGGACGCGCGCACAGGCGAGGUGGCGGCGCCGCGCGGCCUCGUCGCCUGGCUGGCGCCGAACGGCCACCUCGUGCUCAACUGGCAACACGAGGAGGCGGCCGACGCGCCAAAGCACAAAUACCAAAUAAUAGUGUCCGAGAAGGAGAUACCUGAAGACCUGCUGCAUCCGACCGAGGAGAUGAGGGUCGAGGAAGCGGAAAGGUCCCCGUUGCUGAUGACUGUGCCCAGCGGCUCCAGCGGCCCGCUCUACGUGAGCGUUCGCGCCGUCACGCCCGAGGGCUACUUCAGCGACCUCAGCGAAGUCAACACUCUCACUAUGGAAGGCGCCGAGGCGGAGUCGGUGAGCGCGGGCGCGGUGUGGUGGGGCUGCGCGGCGGCGCUGGUGGUGGCGGUGGCGCUGGGCGGAGCGCUGGUGCAUGCGGCGCUGCGCCACCGGCGCCUCUCGCGCUCCUUCCUAAGGCUCGCCGCGCACACGCCGCGCUACGACAGCCGCCGCGGCCAGGCCACCAUCGGCGAGCACGACGAUGACGACGUACCUCCGAUACAAGGAUUCUCCGACGACGAACCCCUUGUUAUCGCU